UGAACGAAUCAGUUAACAAAUUAUACAUUUAAUAAUGGACCGAUUUAUGUGGACCAACGGACUCCUGGAGAUGAAUGAAACUCUAGUGAUCCAGCAGAGGGGGGUCAGACUGUAUGACGGAGACGAAAAGGCAAAAAUGGAUGCAGGGGUUGUCCUUUUAACCACGCAUCGUUUACUUUGGAGGGAUCAAAAGAAUCAUGAAUGCUGCAUAUGUAUACCCUUGUCUCAGAUCGUAUUCUUUGAGGAGCAGACAGGAGGCAUUGGAAAGAGUGCCAAGAUUGUUAUUCACCUGCAUCCAGUCUCUCCUAAUAAAGAACCAGGGCCCUACCAGAACAGCAAGUUCUCCCACAUUAAAUUGUCCUUUAAAGAACAUGGACAAAUAGAGUUUUACAGACGUCUGACAGAGGAGAUGACUCAGAAGCGGUGGGAGAACACACCAGUACCACAUCUCAUAAACACAAUAGCAGGAUCAAAGGCAGGAAAAACACGCGCAGUCGGAAUUGUUGGCAUUGAACGGAAGCUGGAGGAGAAAAGAAAAGAGAUGGACAAAAACAUUUCAGAGGCCUUUGAAGAUCUCAGCAAGCUUAUGGAAAAGGCUAAAGAGAUGGUUGAGCUUUCCAGAUCCAUCGCUAGCAAAAUCAAAGACAAACAGGGAGACAUCACAGAGGACGAGACUAUCCGCUUCAAGUCCUAUUUGCUGAGCAUGGGCAUUGCCAACCCUGUAACCAGGGAAACGCAUGGCUCGGGCACACAUUAUCACAUGCAGCUUGCUAAACAGCUGGGAGACAUGCUGCAGGCACCAUUAGAGGAGCGAGGAGGGAUGAUGGCUCUUACCGAGGUUUACUGUCUAGUAAACAGAGCACGAGGGAUGGAGCUUCUCUCUCCAGAUGAUCUGGUCAAUGCCUGCAAGAUGUUUGAGUCUCUAAAACUCCCGCUCAGGCUGCGUGUGUUCGACAGUGGGGUGAUGGUGGUUCAGCUUCAAUCUCACAGUGAAGAAGAAAUGAUUGCAUCUGCUCUAGAUAACGUGUCUGACAAGGGCUCUUUAACAGCAGAGGAGUUUGCAAAACUUUUGGGAUUGUCUGUUCUCCUUGCAAAAGAAAGACUGCUGCUGGCUGAGAAGAUGGGACACCUAUGCCGAGACGACUCUGUGGAAGGGCUGCGCUUUUACCCUAACCUGUUCUGAUGAACAAUUCCGCUGCUUUAUUUACAAUUUAUACUGGACUCUUGUUGCUGAUCUCACAGUACCUCUGUACAGAACACAACACUGUUUACUUGUGGGGUUCAGCUUUAAAAUGGCUCUCUGUCCACUGUUUGGCAGAGGUUAGGGAUGGGCAUGGUUAUUCAGAUAUCUGAAUCAGCUUAGUGUUUGUUUACUUCAUGUAGUAUUAAAAUAUUCAAGCUGAUUUCAAAAGUGAGUCAAGAAGUGAAAUUAAGGACUCAGGUAAAAGCAGACAUGCUAAAUACAUAAAAACAAAAAUGAGUAAGAAUAUAUUAAAGAAUAGUAUGUUACACAGGAUCAGAAUAAGCAGCAGUAUGAGAAAAAAAAAGUAAAUGUAUAUUAAGGUCACAGUGUUUACCAAUUACUAUUAAGAAAACAAAGAUUACCAGUGAAGACAAGGACUCCACAAGACAACUAAAGGUGUUCAGUGGUAUCUGGUACCAGGACGUUACUAGCAGGUCCUUUAACUUCUGUACUUUGCGAGCUAGAUCGUUCUACACUGCAUCCUGGUACCAUUCCUUCCACAGGUAAAUGGCACACAUGUGCCUGGCCUUUCACAUUAUCCUAGAGAGAACAGGAUUUCUCAGACCAGUCUAGACCAGUUCUGAUGCUUGCAUGCCCAUUGUACUGUAGGUGCUUUUGUUGGUGGACUGGAAUGCAAAAAGUAGCCCCAUAUGCUGAAGGGUUGAAUUCAUUUUGUUUUGACAUAUUCACUUCAUCAUCAGUAAUAAAUAGAUCUGAAAUCUGAGCCAGAGUAGCUCUUCUGUUGGUCUGGACCAGGUGCCAUAGCCUUUAUGUCCAACCUGUUGGUGAUUUUUGGACCAAAGGGUGCUCAUCACUGCUGCCAGUGAGCACCACUUGCUGUUUAGGAGAGACAACCAUCUGAGAAAACCAAUCUUCUGGCCUUGUAGGUCUUGCUCAUAUCUGCUGCAUUCAACAUGUGUACUACGACUACAACUCCUAUCAUCCAAACAUUUAAUAUAUUUCUGACCAUGACAUGCACAGUUGUUAUUAAACAGGCAUUGUCAUGCACAUUUUUGGGGGGUGGUCCUAAUGUUUUUGCUCGUCAGUGUACAGUUUAAGACAGUUGCAGUGGUUGCAUUUAUUUGUUUGUGUAUAAAUACAACACAUUUAUAUUUAUAUAAAUACAUUUAUAUUCUACAACAUUAAACACUAAUAAGCCAAAUCUUUAUAAUCACCUUUGACUCACCGGUGCAUGGACUCCACCAGAUGUUCUUCAUCCUCUAGAUGGUAUCAGUUCAACUCCUGUAUGUAUCGCAGUGGCUUGUCCUAAAGUGCAUCCUGGUGACAUCUCUACUCUGGGAAACGAUGCACACGGGCCUGGCUGUCCACAUGGUCUAGGAGAAAACAGAUUUACCAGUUUAUGCAACUGUGCAGCCCCAUACACAAAACGGUUCAAACAUUACCCCCAUUAGCAGUAUUAAAAUUAUUGGUGAUUUUAGCAUCAGUAGCCCUCCUGUUGCUCCACACCAGGUAGAUACGUGAUAGACUUCGCUGUCCUCUAGCAUCAGUAAGUCUUGGAUGCCCAUCACUCUGUCACCAUGCUUUGGUUAUAAUGAUUCAGCCUUUAUGAAAAUCACUCAGGUCUUUAUGCCUGAUCACUUAUUUCACUAAGAUAAUAAAAA